AGGUGACAGCCGAAUGUCGAACGUGUGAUUUUUGAGGUUAUAUCAUGUGUUUACUUUUUUGAAGUUUUGAAAUGGACAACAAUUAUUAAUUAUUAAAAAUGGGUGUAAAAACUUAUAGUGAUUCUAACGUAGCGACUAAAUAUAACUUUCAAAGGAAAGCGGGGAGAAGUUUAAUAGAACGGCCUGCAGUAUUUUCACCUGAUGGAGAAUCUGUAUUAGUGAUUGUUGAAAAUGUAGUACGAGUGUACAAUAUUCAAACAGGGGACUGUGCCCGAAUUUUGGAAACGGAGAGUUCUGUGAAUGAGCUAGUGGCGAUUCAGUUCCCAGAUAAUGAAAAUUACAACUUAUACGGGUGCUCUGACAAAGGAUGGGUCACUACUUGGACGUGGGAGAAUGGAGCAGUACUUAGGGAAACGAAACUUCCAAUUCAAUUAGGUAUGAAAGUGUUAACAUUUAAUUUACUAGACAGCAAUGAAUGCUUUGUAACCACAGCAAAACCAGAUUCUAAAUACAUAGUCUAUGGACUUUAUUCUAUAAAGACUGGUGAGAAGAUCUUUGAGUUCUGGGAUACAAAAAUCCUCUACAUUGAGAAUAUGAUCAAUGUAGCAGUAGGGUGGUGUAAUGGCGACAGAUUUGCAGCUAUAACCAAUGGAACUCCCAAGCUGUCUAUACAGAAUUUAAACCAACCUCAUGUGAAACAAUUUAUAAUAAACAGCAACAAAAUCCGCAUCAUGUCAGUGGCUGCCCAUAAGAAAGAGAAUACUGUAGCAAUCACAGAUGCUCUCGGCAGAACCACUGUGUUCAGAGGGAACUUUUAUCAGUAUGGAACUAAUCUGGCCAGAGAAGUCCUGCAUUGGCAUUUUCUUCCUUCAAUAGCUGUGUGUUUCUCUAUGCAAGGAAGCUACCUCUACACUGGUGGUAUGGAGAAGGUGUUAGUGAAGUGGACAGUGGGCAACCUGGCCAACAAAGCUGGGGAGAAGAUGUUCAUCCCGCGACUGCCGGGGAUGAUUCGCCACAUUGCUACCAGCAACUCCUACAUUGCAGCAACACUCACCAAUAAUUCAAUCGUGAUAGCAAACGCCCAAAUGCGGGUGGUGUCAACGAUACUGGAGUGCGGCGGGCUGUCCCCGGCGGCGCGUGCGCUGGGUUUCCCGCUGGUGCACCACGCGCGGCUCGGGGGGCUGCUGCUCGGCGGACGCAGCGGGCAUCUGCAGCUGUAUUCCACUACCACUGACAAAGUUUUGUAUAAUAUUGACAUAACAGGGUUAAACAACAUUCCGCCACUGCGGCACAACCUGGUGCCAUUAGACACAGAGGUGACGUGCGCCGCUGUCAGCGGUAACGGCUCGUGGCUGGCCACGUCCGAGUACCGCAACGAUGGCGUCACCUACCCUGAAGAACGGCUCAAGUUCUGGGCCUUCCAGGUCAAGAACGCCACCCCCUUCAAACUAAACACCUGCGUAAACCUCUCCCACGGAGGAUGCAGGGUCGUUUCCAUCGCACUCAGCACCAAAGGGGAAACCUGCGUGACAGCUGGAGUGGAUCAAAAGUUCAGAAUUUGGAAAAGAGACAACACCACACAGCAACAUAGGAAGAAGGAGUCUUGGAGUUGUCUCACCGCAUGCUACUAUUCCUCUGGCAUAGGACAGUUCCUCGCACACGGCGUCAUGAACCACUUCAAGAAUGGCGAACUCCCGCCUAGAGAUAAAGAGCAUCCUUACGUAUUCGAAUAUGAAGGGAAAAAUGAUAUUAUAAAAAAAAUGGUAAACAUUCAUAAGGAGAAUUCUUUGCUUGACGAAAUUUCAGCGAAUCCUGGCAUAAAGAAAGACGUUGAGAAUGAUAUGGGUGGGGUAGCGAUAUCCCAAGACGGCUCGCUAAUAGCAGCCUGGUUUGGAAGCAAGCUCACAUUGUGGGACACACAUUUGUGCAAUCUCAGAACAACACUGUCUCACCCCGCGUUACGACCGAAGGGCGUUCAUGUUAAAUUUGGAAACAAAGAUGCCGCUCAUUAUUUGGUGUGCGCGACAGAGAAAUGCGUGGCCGUGUGGAGCCUGCUGUCGCUGACUAUCAAGUGGCUCGUUAGCAUCAGCGCGACCAGCCUCGCCGCCGACCCGCUGUCUAAUAAGAUGGCACUCACCACUACCAACAAUGAUGUGUACGUAUUCACACCGCACAGUCCUACGCCAAUAUUGACACAGAAGCGUCUACUGGACCCUGCGACGGGCGUGUUCAAACAAUGUGCGUUUGGCAGUUGCUCCGGCGAUGAUAUCCGACUUCACGUCGUCAGGAAUGAUUCUGAGAUCUACAGCCUAGAGCCAGAACAAUCGUCGGAGGGUCGUCUAGAAGUGCUGUCACGUCGCAACUUGCCUAUUAGUGGGUUCAGCGCGCUGCUCGCCGAGCAACGCCUUAGCGAGGUCCGCCCCGCCGCUAGCGCCGAUGUGUCCGCACUACAUACUGAUGCGCUUGCACACUCUGCUAUGUCACAGUUACUAUCGGCAGCGCCGCACAUGAUUCCCCCAGUCAGUCUUCUAUGCACGUCGUUCCUACACCACAUAGCAGGUCACGAAGACACGGAACCCGCCGCCGCCGAAGACAAUGACAUAAUGGAGGUAGACUUAUCCAGCGACGACGAAGACCAACCCACCACCAAACUUAACGGACCCUACGCCCCCAAAACCACACAACUAUGGGCCCCCAACUACGAAAAAGUAAAAGAAAAACGCCUCCAAAAAAUUGUCAAAGAACCCCUCUUGAAUUUGCAUGAAACAACAGAUAUUUUUGGAGUAUAAUGUAAGUAAUAUAAGUUUUUAAUAAAUCUUGACAGUAA